AAAAAGUCCCUGGAGUCCAUUAACUCCCGUCUCCAGCUGGUGAUGAAGAGUGGUAAAUAUGUUCUGGGAUACAAGCAGUCCCAGAAGAUGAUCCGCCAGGGAAAAGCCAAGCUGGUCAUCCUGGCCAACAACACACCUGCCCUCAGGAAGUCUGAAGUGGAGUACUACGCCAUGUUGGCCAAGACAGGCGUCCAUCACUACAGUGGGAACAACAUCGAGCUGGGCACGGCCUGUGGGAAGUACUUCAGGGUGUGCACCCUGGCCAUCAUCGACCCCGGUGAUUCUGACAUCAUCAGGAGUAUGCCAGACCAGCCGCAGGGGGAGAAGUAGACAUUUCACACUCAAUGUUAAAAAAUAAACUGUUUUCUAUGGUC